CAACCAGCCAAAUCCGGUUCUAGCCAGUUACCGCUGUAUGCUCACUGUGAGAGUUGCAUCUCUAAAACACAGAAAGGCUUCAUCUUGUUUUUUCGGAGAUUAACGCGAUUUUUUAAGGUUCGACGAUGAAGACUGAAGAUCAGGUUCAAGCCCCUGAGAGUCAUCUCAGCGAGGGAAUGCGGCUCAUUCUCAGCCAGAAAUCAUCGCCGACACCCAGAUCUUCACGGGCGAGCAGCCGCAGUAGUACUAGUAGCAGCAGUAGCUCUAGCCGUGACAGUUCCUACUCGAGCAGCGAUAGAAGCAGAUCCCGCUCUGUGUCACGCAGGCCACGGCGACGACACCGCCACGGAUCACGAUACUCAUCUUCGUCUUCAAGCAGCAGCAGCUCACGCUAUCGUUCCCGAUCUCGCCCUCGCUGCUGCCGAGCUUCGUAUUAUUCCCGUUGCCGUCAUCGUCAGCGGUCUCGGUCUUACAGCCCCUAUUCGAGGCGCUCGCCACGUUACGGCAGGCGCCGAUAUUCGCGCUCUGUCAGCCGUUCUUCCUCCCGGGAACGUUAUUACAAGAGGUCGAGGAGAUCCCGCUCUCGCUCCUCAAGCUACAGGAGAGCAAGAGGUGCUUACGCUGGAAGGUUCAGGUGCCGAUUCUCCCCCUCACCACCCGGGAGCAGGUACUACCGGCGCAGGUCGAGAUCUCCAGAGAGCUCGGUUCGACUUAGCGUUAAAGAUAAGUUGGAGCUUCUAAACAUUGCCAGAGAGAACGCUGCAAAGAUUCUGGGCGUGGAAGUGGUGAAUCUGCCUGCCAGUGUAAGGUAUAUUGAGGAGCAGGCAAAGAAGGCGUUGAAGUCAGACACUGAGAAAAGGGUGAGAGCGGACCAGGUGCCCGUGAAGAGACCACGACAGGAUGAAGGCGAAUCAGAUGAAGACACGGCGAUGUCCAAAACAUCUCCACCAAGAAAACCAAUCAGUUUCAGUGUCAGUAAUGCUGUUGCCAAGCCAUCAAGCAGCCCAACACAUCACGUUACAGAGAGUAAGGUAACAUCUCGAGCAGACAGUGUGGGGAACAGGAUGCCAUAUGGACAGUGGAUCCCUGUCAAAGUUUCCCCUAAAAAACAAUGAGCCUCUUGUUUUGGACUUGAUCACUGUUGUAUAAACUGUAAUUAGUCUGUACAUAUGGGGGAAAAAAAAUUUAGUGGAUUCAUUAGCAAUGUCUUGUUUCAGAUGUAAACUGAUUUAAGUUGGAAGAAGACAAGUGGAUAUCAAACAGGUGGGAGGUUUUGUAUAUAACUUGUGUCCUUUUUAUUUUUUUUAAGUGUGCUGUAGAUAAUUUCUAAUAGGUUUUAAAGUACUGUCAAAUUGUAUACACAAUUCAAGUAAAUAAAAUUGUUUCUCGA